AUGAAUUUAUUCGGAUUACCUUGGAUAAUCACAUUCGAGCAAAAAUUCGGUUAUCCAAUAGUGACAACGCUAUCCGACAAGGAUUCAAAUGAUUCAAUAAAUUCCAUUGCAAAAGAGAUAAUUCCGACUAUUAGUGAAAAUAAAGAAAUGUAUAUAAUUCAAAAGGAUAUUCAAGAAGAGAUUCAGGCAGAAUUAAAAACAAAAUUCAGUCAAGUAUUCGAAGAGGGUCUGGGGCAUUGUAGCAAAACAAAAGCCCAUCUUCACUUAAAACCAGGAGCUAAACCAGUUUUUGUUAGAGCAAGACCAGUGCCAAUUGGAGUUAAGGAUUCAGUCGAAGAAGAAAUUAAUCGACUAUUAAAAAUGGGUGCUAUUAGACCUAUUGAAUUCGCUGAUUGGGCAGCACCUAUUCUUGCAGUAAAAAAGGCAAAUGGCAAAAUUCGAGUUUGUAUUGAUUAUUCGACGGGAUUAAAUGAAGCCCUAGAGCUUAAUAAAUAUCCAUUGCCAACUCCACAAGAAAUCUGGUCUGAAAUGCACGGAAAUAAAAUAUUCUCCCAAUUAGACUUGCGUGACGCAUAUUUACAAGUCGAAUUAGAUUCAGAUUCAAAGAAAUUAGCAAAUAUUAAUACACAUAAAGGAUUAUUCGAAGUACAACGAUUACCAUUCGGAGUUAAGAGUAUUCGCUUAUCUAGACGAUUUGAUUAUUGCUUCGGAAAAUGA